GCACAGCGGUGGACCGAGUCAGACCGACAGGGUGCCAUUUAGAGGUCGUGGUUGGGAGUGGGCGGAAGGCUCGUGGAGGGGUAUGGUGCCAAGUGACCUCCCCCGGACCGGCCCUGGGCUCGCCUCUGACACACAGCAGCAGUCGGAGAUUAUUAUUGGUCAUCUGUGAGGACGGGGCGCGCGGCGCCGGUUCGUGUUACAGACAAUUGGGCAGUGGGUGGUCUGCGGUGAAAGUGGUGGUUUGCGGUGCGGUGCUGGCUGAACUGUUCAGGCUACGACAGGUCAGAUAUAAGGCCCGUCUCGUCCCUCGUCGCCGCGGGUGGCCGGCGGGACGCGGUGACCGCCCGGCAGGCCCGCUAUGGAUGUCAGACGGCGAGCGGGUGCCUCUGGCCAGCCAGACACCCACUCGAGGUCAGAGGGGGCGGCUGACGGCCGACUGAGACCGACAGCAGAGUCCUGUGAGACGCAGAACGUCGGAGAUGGUGUCAUGACCGACGGGAGGACGGACAAAUGCAGUGACGGUGUGGGUGAGAGUGAAGUCAUGUGUGGUGCGAGAAGUGGAAACGCCGGUAAUGUCGACGAAUCGACUGCAGCACGGUCGGAAAACUCACCCAACGGCGGGACUGGUGGUGCAGCAGACAGCCCAAAUCAAACCAGCCGCUCGGCUCAGUCUGACACCCACCGGGGCCCGUUCGUGGCCGCGCUGGACGUGGGCACCACAUCCGUACGCUGUGUGGUGCUGGACCGGCGGCUGGAGGUGCGAGGCGUGUGUCGGCGGCCCGUCCAGCUGCUCUACCCCGUACCGGAACACGUGGAGAUCGACCCCGAUCAGCUGUUUGAGGCGGUCUGCGAGGUCAUCAAGGGCGCUGUCGCUGACGCGGGCCUCACACUGCAGCAGGUCACCACCCUCGGGAUCAGCACCCAGCGGUCGUCCUUUACCACCUGGAGCCGGGACACGGGCCGCUGCUACCACAACGUGGUCUGCUGGAGCGACCGGCGAGCCAGCGGCCUUGUCAAGGCGUGGAACGCCUCUCUGAUGUUCCGCGUCCCGGCUCACGUCUGCUGGCUGCUCCACAAGGUCACCGGCAACCCGCGCUUCCAGGCAGUCAGCGUGCUCCGGCUGAUGAACGCUCAGGUAACUAUGCGUCUGCUGUGGUGUAUGCAGAACAUACCCGCCCUGCGCGAGGACAUUGGCCGCGGUCGGGCGCUGUUCGGCACACUGGAGACAUUCCUCCUCUACCGUCUAACGGCUGGUAGACUACACGUCUCAGACCGCACUAACGCAGCGGCCACCGGCUUCUUUGACCCGUACCUGAUGCAGUGGUCCGGCUAUCCACGCUUCCUCUUCGGCGUCGCCCCACCGAGUAUGUUACCCGAGGUGGUUUCGACGACGUACGACUUUGGCAGCACGGCGCCAGAGGUGCUGGGCACCCCGCUGAAGAUCGGCUGUGUAAUCGGAGACCAGAGCGCCAGUCUGUUCGGCGCAGAGUGCUGGCAGCGCGGGGACGUGGCGGUUACGCUCGGCACCGGAUCGUUCAUGGAUGUCAACACGGGCGAGCGGCCACACACGUCCGUUCGCGGCUUCUACCCGGCGGUGGCCUGGGAGCUGGGCGAGGAGGUGGUGUUUAUGGCCGAGGGAGCCGCCGGGGACACAGCGGCCAGCGUGCUCUGGGGCCGGAGGAUCGGCCUGUAUGACGCCGUGGAGGACACGGCCGCGCUGGCAGAGUCCGUCCCUGACGCCGGCGGCGUGCGCUUCGUGCCGGCCUUCUCCGGAAUAGCGGCGCCGGUGAACGACUUCAAGGCGGCGGCUGGGUUCAUCGGGAUCUCUGCCGAGAGCUCCCGGGCGCACCUGACGCGAGCUAUUCUCCAGGCGAUUGCGUUCCGUCUCCGCCAGCUGUACGACAGUAUGCGCGCCGAGUGCGCCUUUCCUCUGCGCCACAUUCGCGUGUCGGGCGGCGUGGCCCGCAACGACGCGCUCUGUCAGAUGGCCGCUGACGUGCUGGGGGUGCGGCUCGAGCGGCCCCGCGAUGUGGAGACCUCUGUGCGCGGGGCGGCUAUGCUGGCAGGGCUGGCGGCCGGCGUGUGGCGCGACCGGAGCGAGCUGGAGCCUCUGCGGCAGACGGACCGGGUGUUCGAGCCGGACCCGAGCCGCGGCGCGGCGCUGCGGGCCGAGAUGGCAGAGUGGGAGAGGGCGCUGCAGAGGUUCGGAGAGUGGUACCCGGACGACGUCAAAUGAGGGGGAGAGGGGGUUCGUCAGAGGUCAGUGAGGGUCCGGCUGACUGGAGUGGGUGUGUGGUUGAGGGUAUUAGGGACCAAUGAGGGCUGUCAUUUCAAGGCAGCUUCGGGGCUUAGUAGAUAUUUAUCACAGCACUUAGCUGAUGCGUAAUGAUGAGCGGCAUUGGUGGUGUUUGGGCUCAGCUUAGCUUAUUUGAAGAUUUAUGUGUGGAAGGAACGGUUGUUGGGGGGGGGGGGGGGGGGGGCUAGGGGGUCUGUGCGUUAGAGAGAAAGGUCUUGUAAAAGGGCUUAACAGAUCCUCAGAAGCUUACGUGGCGUAACUGCACAAUGCGUAUGGGUAAGGAGCCAGGGUAAUUCACGCCGGUACGAUUUCUUGCCUUGUGUUCUGGGCGUUUUGCCUACAGCAGGAACUCGGGUAUUAGUGGGUAGGUGUUUAUUAACCGAUUAGCAGUCAUAAUAUUUCUGAUCUGCAUAGCAGCGAUUAUUCAUAAUCGUGCGUUGCCAGUCAGAAAAUGCAUAAAAUAGAGCUAUUUUCGUACCUGGCUGACCGAUGCUCGUUUGUUCAAUAGCGCAAAUGUAUGCAUAAUGGAUGCAUAUUUAUCAGAUUUUGCAGAAUAUGCAGAUAACUAUAGGAGGUUAUAGAAGUUUGUUUCCAUCUUAUCGUUUUUCCCCGAUGUGUUAUGCCCGGACUGUGCUCGGAAAGACUUCACUAGCUCGUUAUUA